AUGAGCUUCAUGCAGAAGAUCAAGUGGAACUUCAGAAAAACAAAAGUCGAUCUACUCGUCGCUGAGAUCGACAUCCUGUACGCUGGCAAGAAGAUACGAACUCACAGGCGCAAAAGACGAUCGAAGAAAGCAGAGGACGACGCAAAGGCCCAAUUUGCAAGAGCGCAGAUUGCCGUCGUGGAGCAAAUCAAUGCGACCGCGAUAAAGGAGGAUUGCCAGGCCAAGGUCGAGAAAGAUGAACAAAAUGCCGUCGACGAGACAACCGGCACGCGCAAUGGCGAAGGGAAGUCGGCGGCUGUCGUCAAGCAUCUACCACAUAUUCCCCAACUGGUCAACAAUACUGCCAUGGUUUAUUUCAGACAGUUGGUAGGACAAGCUAGGGAUAUAUCAGAGGAGCGAAGCCUCGUCAUCUCGAACACUGUCAACUUGUUGCAAGCUCUCCUCGACCAAUGGACAAACCUAGCGGCCGACAGCACCGCGGCCGCCUCCGCAGAUGAAGCCGAGCCACCAACGGCACGAGUAGAAAACGAACAGACGCCGAGAGAAAGCAACAGUGAUACCGCGACAGGGAGCAAAGGUACAGAUGAUGCACAGGAUAUCUGGAGAAAUCACUACCUUCUGUCACAAAAACGAGUAGAAGAGCUGGAGGCUGAAUUGUUAAAGAUGAAGAUGUCGGAGAAUAUCAAUUCCCGAGCAGAGUCAGCUAGGAACACUGAAGCAGAGGAAAAAGGAACCCGCAAGGCGAAGAGGCGCGAAGGAAAUGCUGCUGCUGAUGAGACAGAGCCAGCGUCCCGAAGUUCGGCUCCUGGAGACUGGGAUGAGUAA